GACGUGCCGCCCAUCGACAAGCAGGCUGCGUUGUUUCUGUGAGCUGAAACCGUAGAAGAAGAAGAAGUGAAGGCGGGGGGGCGAAAUCAAAAUGUCCGCUCCGAAAACAAUCCCGAAAGAUGCUCAGGUGAUGAUCCAGAUCCUGAAGGACAUGGGGAUCACGGAGUACGAGCCUCGAGUCAUCAACCAGAUGUUGGAGUUCACCUACAGAUACGUGACGACCAUCAUCGAGGACGCCAAAAUCUACGCCACACACGCCAAGAAGUCCAGCGUGGACGCGGACGACAUCAAGCUGGCCAUCCAGUGCCGCAUGGACCAGUCGUUCACCUCGCCGCCACCUCGAGACUUCCUGUUGGAGGUUGCGAGGCAGAAGAACCAGACGCCCCUCCCGCUCAUCAAACCCUACACAGGACCUCGGCUCCCCCCGGACCGCUACUGUCUGACGGCGCCCAACUACAGACUCAAGUCCGUACAGAAGAAGGUGUCGUCGUCUGCCAGCAGGAUAUCUGUGCCUCGCCUCAGCGUGGGCGCCGUGUCCAGCAGACCGAGCACGCCGACCCUCGGAACGCCGUCUGUCCAGUCCGUCGCCACCAAAGUCGGAGCUCCGGUGUCGCUGACGGGUCAGAGGUUCACCGUGCAGAUCCCACCGGCCUCUCAGACCGCCACCACCAAAACCACCACGCCGUCCACGCCCGUCUCCAACGUCCUCAUCAACCCGUCUGUGAUCGGCUCCAAGAACAUCCUCAUCACCACCAACAUGGUGCUGCAGAACUCCGGCGGGGAGUCGCUGAAGAGGAAGCACGAAGACGACGACGACUACGACGCUUUAUGACGGCGUGACUGAAAUAAAAACGCCACCUUUUUAAUAUCCCCUAAUGUUCCCACCGGGAGUCGACCAGUACGACCAGGAAUGAUUUACAAUAAACUGCAUUCACAUAAACCCAGAGUCUGUUCUUUCUCAGCAGGUUCCACACGUACUGCAGGAAGUACAAGCACAAAAUACCACACUGUAAAAAUACUAACAAGAAAAAGUACUGAAAUGUUUUUACAGGGAAAACGACGACUGAUUAUUGAAAUAUUUGGGUUGUUCAACCUUUAACAUUUUAUAACAUCUGUUUUGUGUAAAAAUCUAAAUUUAAACCUCAUUCUGCACCUUCUGAACAUCUUCGUGGCUAAAAUGUACAUGCACAAAAAAAACUAUUAAAUCAUCUGACAUUA